GGAAAGUAUGUUAAAAUGGAAUGGACCCCCAUUGCAGCCUCAAUCUCGAUUCGAUUACAGGCAAACAACCACAACCACAUGCAGCACAGUCAAAUAGAAAUCAUGGGCUCCGUUGAAGUCAUCGUUGGAACAUACAACCACGUCCUUAUUGGUAUACGUAUUUCCAAUAAGGAAGAAAGUGAAAAGGAAUGGGAAUUUACUCCCUCAUUCACAGACCAAGGCCAUGAUGGCUGCAUCAAAACAGUUGCAUCAGGAGGCAAAUACUUAGCUAGUGGCAGUACUGAUGAGACCAUAAGACUGUACAAUUUGAAGAAGCAUGUAGAGUUGGGCUCUUUAGUACAACAAAGUGGAAGUAUAACGAGCCUUGCAUUCAGUGGAAAUACCCAUAUGCUGAGUGCCAGUGAAGAUGGAACAAUCUCAAUAUGGAAAUGUAAAUCAUGGGAUUGUGUAAAGACACUUAAAGGACACAGGGAUGCUGUCACAUCGAUAUCCAUCCACCCAUCUGGGAGAUUAGCUUUGUCAGUGUCAAAGGAUAAAACAAUAAGAACGUGGAAUCUGCUUACCGGUCGAAGCGCUUAUACAACAAAUAUCAAACAAGUUGGAGAACUUGUUAAUUGGUCGCCAGGAGGUGAAUGUUAUGUGGUAGCAUCUGGCUCCAAGGCCACUGUUUAUAAAAUUUCGGAACCAGGUGAAACAUGCGUUAUAAGCUGUGACAAGUCAAUUCUUUGUAUGGAGUUCAUCUCUGAAAAUGUGUUGCUUCUUGCGGGGGAACUAGACGAGAUCAUAGUUUAUGAUAUUAAGGACAAAAAGCAAUUACAGACAUUCAAGGCCCAUGAAAUCAGGGUGAAAUCUGUAAAGUCCGUGAAAAACCCUCUAGAUGAAAAGCGUAUGCUUGUAUUUACUGUGGCAUCAGAUGGCUCGCUGAGGGCAUGGAAUUUCAACAUUGAGGAUUGGACUGAAAAGCCAGAGAUGCUGACAGAAAUUCAUCUACCCGGAAGGCCAGUUUGCAUGACUGUCUCUACAGAAUGAAAUUGCACUUGAGUAGACAUUACACUUCCAAAUGACGAAUGCGAGAGCUCGUUGGGGCUGCAAAUGGCUAUAAAAGGCCCCCUGGUCCAAGGUGAUGGAGAAAUUGGCACUGCUUUCUGUGUGGAUAUUCCUAUCAAAUAUUUAUCGCUAUCUAAGACAAUUGAAGUUGUGAUUUCGAGCUGGCGAUAAGUUUAGAGGAGUAAAGCGUAUCCUAUUUCAAGAUUUGUUUAUUUUUAUCCAAGAAAUUUUUGAAAUUGCAAAGUAGUUUUUACCCAAAAGUUUGCGGGUAACGCAGCAGCCAAUGAUGGUAUGGUAGUGUCAAAAGUCCUAAUGCUAGAGUCAAAAGUUUCUUUCAAAAAUUUACUAGUGUCAUUAUGUUUUAAGAAAAAAAAUAAUUGUCGAGAUAAGAUAAGAGAGAUUAACAUUUAGGCCAAAGAUGAGCACUAAGAUAAGUGGCUGGUGAAUGUAAAAUUCCAGUUAAGUUUGUAUUAGAUUUCUGAAACAUUGAAGUAAUAAAAUAUGACUUACUGCUGAUUUUCUCCAUCCUAUAGCUAUAUGUUUUGUACUGAAGACAAGUAGUUAAAUUUUUCAUCUUUGAAUCCCCGAUCUAUCUUUUCAUCUUAUUUUUUAUUUGCAUCCUUUUUUUGUUUUUUUACUAGUUUAAUAACAUCAGUUAGGAGUUCUAUGGCAAACUCGCAAUUUGACAAACUAAAAUUAUGUUAAGCUCGCAUUACGGUAAACUUGUCGCACUAUGACAAACUCACCUCUGAUCAUCUACUAGCUACAGUCUUAUCAAUCAAAUAGCAUCAAGUAGGGGUCUUAGAACACAGUAUUAAGGUUAAAGUAUUGAGAAACUGCAUAGUGCUAGCAUUCGCCCUUAAUGGAAUCAAAAGUUCGUGUUGUAGUCCAGUUUUACAUUUUUUGGUUUGCAAGUUAAAUUGGUGGGUAUUUCAAAGCUGUUCGUUUUAUUUACUGGCUAAUAGUUAUAUUCGUAUCAUGUGACUUAAUGCUAGAAUUCGUAAUGUAUUUUUGUUUAAAAUGAACGCUUACUUUAUUCUUAUUUCGAUCAUAUGCUGCGUGGGAAA